ACGCCCCGAACCUCAAGCCUCGGAGCUUCCUGCCUGCGCGAGGGCGGCGGGGCGGCUGGUGCUGCUGGCAGGUGCUCUGCACAGGCCGCGCGGCCUCCACUUCCUGAGGCGGCGGCAGCACAAAGCCGGCAGGGCCUCCUUCCAAGCCCCUGCUCCUCUCGCCCUCGUCUCAGUCCAGCCUCUCGCACCUCCCGGGAGAAGGACAACAUGAAGCGGGUGGCGCUUGCCGUCGCGGCCAUCCUGCAGGCGCGGUGCCCAGUCGCAGAAGCACAGAGCUUUGGUCUGCUGGAUCCUAAACUCUGCUACCUGCUGGAUGGGAUCCUCUUCAUCUACGGGGUCAUUGUCACUGCUCUGUUCCUGAGAGCCAAGUUUGGCAGGAGCGCAGACGUCGCCGCCUUGCAGCAGGGCUCCAACCAGCUCUACAACGAACUCAACCUAGGACGAAGAGAGGACUAUGAUGUGCUGGACAAGCAUCGGGGCCGUGACCCUGAGGUGGGAGGGAAGCAGCAGAGGAGGAAGACUCCGCAGGAAGCCGUCUACAACGCUCUGCAGAAAGAAAAGAUGGCGGAGGCCUACAGUGAGAUUGGGACGAAAGGCGAGCGUCGGAGAGGCAAGGGGCAGGAUGGCCUGUACCAGGGCCUCAGUCCAGCCACCAAGGACACCUACAAUGUUCUCCACAUGCAGGCCCUGCCCCCGCGCUAACAGCGUGGGUCUCACCACUCACGGCCCACCCUGCUGAUGCCGAUCGAUCGUGAGACAGGACAAUCGCUUUCCCACCUCAUUCCCUCCUAUUUCUCAGCCACCGAAGCUUUUCCCUCCACGAACAGGAUGCUUCAAGUUGUCACAUUUGGUGGUCUCCAAUUCCAAGCCGUCACACAAAGAAUAUGGUCCCUGGGCUCUAAGGGAGCAAAGCCUCAUGGUCAUGACCCUGCCAUUGGGACCUCAGAUUUGCUGGUGGCUGGAGAGAGGCCCUCUCCCUUGGCUCCAUGUCCUCACCUGGGGAUGGGGACACUUCCUUCACAGCUGGGUUGUCUGCUCUGUGGAGUCCCAGGGAAGCCCCCAGGGUCACACACAGCCUGUCUGUACUGUUCUGUCACAAUUUGAGUGGCUUCGUUCCUGCUCUGAGUUUGGCUUCUGCUGUCAAAUUUCCCCUCACUUCAAGAUGACCUGUGCUUGGGCCACUCUGGAAGGGCUGGCAGAGGGCGGGCGGAGUGCCCUGCAAGGGCUGGGGGCGUCCUCCCUCGGGCGUCUCCGCAUCACCAACCCUGUGUGCCAGGUGCUCUGGGGAUGGAAAAACGUGCAAGGCUAUCCUCACCCUCACGGGUUCACGCAAUGGGAGGGAAAAUGAGUUGGGCACAACCUGGUUCAAAAAACAGGAAGUGGAGUGUGAACAGGAAGUGUCCUUAGAGUGAACGGCUAGUGUCGUUAGGAGUAUGAACCAAGUGUGGAAGUGAGAGUAGGGAGAGUCUGCCCGCCCUGUUCCCUGGCACCAGGGAUCCCAGGGGCACAACGGGAGAAGCCUCAGCCAGCGCGCUGAGCCCUGUGGUGUGACUAUGGGGCCCGUGGCCGUGGGGGCAAACCCUCUUUGCUCCGCUUGGUUCUAAUUUAUACUGGCUUGCUAAAGCCUAUCGUGCGUAAUAAAUGCUUCCGGAAACCGC